AUGCUUGUUACCAAGAACCUGACCCCCGGCGAGGCUGUUUACGGCGAGAAGCGUAUCUCCGUUGAGGGACCUGCCAACGAGGACGGUGCUGUCACCAAGGUCGAGUACCGUGUCUGGAACCCCUUCCGUUCCAAGCUUGCUGCUGGUGUUCUCGGUGGUCUUGAUGAGAUCUACAUCAAGCCCGGUGCCAAGGUUCUCUACCUGGGUUCCGCCUCCGGUACCUCCGUCUCCCACGUCGCUGAUAUUGUCGGCCCCACUGGUAAUGUCUACGCCGUCGAGUUCUCCCACCGUUCCGGUCGUGACCUGAUUGGCAUGGCCACUCACCGCACCAACGUCAUUCCCCUGGUCGACGAUGCCCGUCACCCUCUGCGCUACAGAAUGCUGGUUCCCCUUGUCGAUGUCAUUUUCGCCGAUGUUGCCCAACCCGAUCAGGCCCGUAUUGUCGGACUCAACGCGCACAUGUUCCUUAAGGACGGCGGUGGUGUCAUCGUCUCCGUCAAGGCCAACUGUAUUGACAGCACAGCUAAGCCCGAGGUCGUUUUCGCCAAGGAGGUCCAGAAGAUGCGUGAGGAGAAGAUCAAGCCUAAGGAGCAGCUGACCCUUGAGCCUUUCGAGCGUGACCACUGCAUCGUCGCUGGUAUCUACAACCGUUCCGCAUAA